AGCCAAGAUGAAGGCCCCACGAGUUCUGCUGGUUUUCCAACUGCUGCUCUGUUUGAUGGCCACCAUAUCGGGCUGCCAAACGAGCAGGUCCUGUCAACCCUUCAUAGGCUUGAACAAUUGUUACAACUCUGGCGGCAAGGAGCCCAGACUGCCGCCCCGGGACAACACCUGCUGUGGACCCCACUGCGUCUACACGCCGCCAAACACUCAACGCUGUGGUCCCUGCGAUGGUGCUGCCAGGACGCGUUGUCUCCUGGACACACACUGUGGCAGCGGAAUGGCCUUCACCUUCGUACGUCUCUCCGAUUGCGAUCUCAGCAAGAGAAAUGCCGAUAGGCUUAAGGCCGGCUUUGCCCGUCUCCUUUCCUUCCCUUGGGAUCAGAAAAAGUGCCUGGGCAUGAACACAAAGUGCGGCAUAAACUGCUGCUGCCGUGAGAAUUGCCCUAAACAGUUUUGUAAAUUUUAAUGCACUCAAUAAAUGUUUAUAAAAAAUA